UGCUCGGUACGUUCUUCUGAAGCACUAGAAAGAAUCGGUCAGAUCUACAUCUACUGAUCAUGUGAAUCGGGAUGUGUACCGAGUAAUUUAUUGGGUUGAAGACAAGUUUAAUCCAAAAGCAAGGUGUAUGGUUGCGGUUGUCGAUAGGCCUUUUGGCAAGCCAUGUAUGGUGCAUCUGAGGAGUAGCAAUGAUCAACUCUUUCCCAUGCUAAACUUCAGUUCGACUUCGAAAUGUCAGACCCGUUUCUUGGUACCUCACCUACGAAGCAGUAAUCAUUGGUACUUCAAGACUACAGUUUGGAACUCAGACUGUGUCAUUUUUGCCAUUUGCUUCUCUUGGUUUGACUAUAGUUGACCAGACUUUCCGCCAAAUGUGUUGUAUCCUCCUUUGGGAAAGAGAACCACGUGGGUAUGAGGAGCUGUAAUUAAUGUCCACGUGCCCGCUUAAGUGAUAGGUGUUGCAAUUCCAGGGCACUACUGAAGAUUUUUUAAAUAGCAUAGAAAGCUGAUAAAAAGAGAGACCACAGAGCCCCCUAAGAUUCGUGGUCCUAUAAACAAAGAGAUUAUAGAAACGGUUACAUAGAGAAAGAGGAGAGAUGGAACAGAAGCAGAAAGAUAUGUCAGGAGUAUUGGGAAGAGAUGGAGAAAAGAAAGAAAUGGAUGCUGAAGAAAAGGUGUUGGAAGAGUUGCCAUUAGAGAGCAGUCCAUAUGUGAAAUACUCGGAUAUUGAGGAUUACAAGCGCCAAGGUUAUGGAACUGAAGGUCACCUUCAACCCAAGACUGGACUUGGUGCUGGAGCUACUGAUGCUCCCACCCCUUCUGGAACUGCUCUUUCUGGUAAGCAAGAGGAGAGAGCAAGCAAAGGGGCUGAAGUCCAUGCGUAAUUUAAAAAUAAAAAUGUUUCUUCAGUUGUAUUUUCUAUUUUUUUUUUAUUUAAAUACAUGAAUCUAAAUUACUAUGUGCUUCAACAAAAUAAUGUAUUUCUUCGACUCCACUUUGGAUA